AUGCCAGUGCGUGCUGUGACCACCAGGUUCAUGUACAAGGGACUUUGCACUAUUCCAGAUGUCCUCUCCUACCGGACACCUGUAAUCCUGCCUGAGGACGAGGUGGAAGAGAUUCGUGAGGCUUUCAAAGUAUUUGACCGAGAUGGGAAUGGCUUCAUCUCAAAGCAGGAGCUGGGGAUGGCCAUGCGCUCACUGGGCUACAUGCCCAAUGAAGUGGAGCUGGAGGUUAUCAUCCAAAGACUUGAUAUAGAUGGUGAUGGUCAAGUUGGCUUUGAAGAAUUUGUCACAUUGCUUGGUCCAAAACUCUCCUCUGCUGGGAUGCCUGAUAAGUUCCACGGAGCAGACUUUGAUUCAGUGUUUUGGAAGUGUGACAUGCAGAAACUGACUGUGGAUGAGCUUAAGAGACUGCUUUACGAUACCUUCCGUGACCACCUCACCAUGAAAGACAUCGAGAACAUCAUCAUGACAGAGGAGAGCCACCUGAACAGUCCUGAGUCCCAUGUGGACAUUGAUACAAGCCCAACACAACAGGAAAAACACACGUGUGUGCGUAAAAGCCUGAUUUGUGCCUUUGCCAUUGCAUUUAUCAUCAGUGUUAUGCUCAUUGCAGCGAAUCAAAUGCUCCGCAGAGGAAUGAAGUAA